AUGGAUCGUGCAGUAGCAGGCGAGGCGAACGGAAUGUCCACAUACGACCGCAGGCUAAAAGAUUUCCUGCUAGGAAACAACAAUGAGCCACAAGACAGAAUUGCCAGGCAAGGAGCACCCAGCCAUCGCACCCAAUAUCGAGGCCAAGACCUCUGGAAGAGGUACUUCAACCAUCCCAGUGUUAAGCAAGCCAAACGGGUUAAGCGGGCUACACAAUCCUUCAGCUACGAAGGCCUAAACCUCAAGGAAAACGACCGUCAAAUCAGGCUCCUACGUAUCCAUCCACAGCGUGUGGAGUUCUUCGAUGAAACCGUGGUAUGCGACCUAUAUGUCGUGGGUCUGGCUCAAGUGAAAAACAAAUUCGAAGCUCUGUCGUACUGUUGGGGCGACAGUCAAGCUGAUCAGAUCAUCUCCAUUCAUCGCACUGCUGUUGACGAGAGAGGCCAACUUCAUUGUGGACCAGCUCAAGAAUUUCCUGUCCGAUCCAAUCUGCACCAGGCUUUGAAGCACCUACGCCACACCACGCAAUUCGUCAGUCUCUGGGUGGAUGCUAUAUGCAUAGAUCAAAGGGAUACGCCACCUGCGACUGCGGAAAAGAACAGGCAAUUGUCCAUGAUGAGAGAAAUCGCUGAAAAGCUCCUCGAUCUUGAGACACUUGUUUGCACAUUCCAGCAAUCUCAAGCUAGGUUUCCCGAGGACGUUAUCCAUUCAGUACGGGCACUCGCGCACGAUUCACCUGGGUUGGAAGACUUUGAAUUCAGUGCGAAUAAUGCCAAAGGCACGCCAGAGCUGUUCAUUGCAUUCGUGCAUCGUUGCAUUGAGAGAUCAGGAUCUCGAGAUAUCAUCUGUCGGCACUGGGCUCCACCAGUGACUGACACUUCACGCGAAAGAGUUCAACUACCUUCCUGGAUAUCAGACCUUACUAAUGCUCCUUUUGGUUUGCCAGGCACGUCUCACGAGAGACAGAAUGGUGAAAAUUUCGUUGCUAUUUCUCCACAUCGAAGAUGGAAGCAGUAUAAUGCUUCAGGAACUUGGAACCUUAACCUAGACGAAUAUCUUGGCCAAAAGGAUCCCCAAGUACGAGUUCCAAGCGCGCAAACUCGGUGGUCAACCGGCAGUGUUCCUAUGCCUAGUAUCUCAUCCAGGGUCAACGGCGCACACGCGCACGAAGAUAACAGCCCUCCAUCCUCGCCAACAGCCAGAUUUCAGAGUCGACCAAUUGUCAGCACACUUGAUGAGCUCUCAUUGCGUGCUGCUGUUCAAGAGCCUCCCCCCAGAUCGACCGACAGUCUUAGCUUUAUGUCCUCAAACGAGGAAGCUACGUCAAGCGCGGCUUCUCCAACAAAAGGCCAUAAGCGCUCUAUUACUGCACCUUUGAUCACAGCAAAGAAAGAGACAGACAUGACCAAUGACUGGAACCCGAUUCUCUCAGCUUUAACAAAACCCAAUGGACUCAAAACUAUCAGAGAACUGGCCGAUUCCGCACACCCACCUAACCAGCAAAACCCGAGAUCCUUGGAAGGGCUUUACAUACAAGAGGGCAAGGAGCAAGUGCAUCAUAUGAAACAAGCCGAUUACCUUAGUGUUUCAGGAUUCAUUUUGGGUGCUAUUGAGAAAAAGUCUGAUACGAUGCGAGAGGGUGUUAUACCGGGCGACUGGAUAGCGAUACUGAGAGGAGACAAGAAAAAUGUCGUUCCCGAUAGUUUAUGGAGGACACUGGUUGCCGACCGGACUGAGAACGGAAACAAUCUCCCGGAAUGGUACAAACGAGCAUGUCUCCAUUGCCUUGAAGACUCACGUUUCGUCAACAGCCAAGGCGAUUUGAACACCAACAGAUCACUUUCGGACACUCCGCUCGACACCAUGACCUCGAAAUAUCUUGAGAGAGCCAAGAGCGUGAUCUGGAGACGCCGCUUUAUACAAUUGAAAUUGGGAGCAGAUUUUGGGGAUGAUCUGGUGUACGGGCUAGCCCCUGAAAAGUGCAAGAAGGGCGACAUUGUAUGCAUCAUCGGUGGUUGUUCGGUACCUGUAGUUCUCAGGAAGGUUGAGGACCAGGAAGUAUGUGGUUCGUCCGAAGCCGCCGGCGUAUUCACACUAAUUGGCGAAACUUACAUUCACCAGAAGAUGAAUGGGGAAGCUGUGCAAGAUGUGGGUCGCGUCAACAAGCUUCGGAAGACUUUCGUGUUGAAAUGA